GCGAUUCGCCGCGAGGCUCUCGUGCGCUGCGCGAAGCACCGCAUUACUCGCCCGCUCUCUCAUGUUCGGAGGAUGACUGCCGCGGAUUUGACUCAUGGGUCCAUGUUUCCUGACUUACCGCCACGCCCGGCUAGGCCCCCGACGCCGAGUCAUCGGCCGUAUAUAAGGCUCCGAGAGCUUUGUGGGGGCAACACCGACCUCCUCUCUUUUCUUCCGACGACCGACUGACCGCUCCCCUCCAUGACCCGUGUCGCCUCAGCAAAGAUGGCCAGAUUGCAGCAGAUGUCGGACGAACACGACCAGGAGCGCAACUACCGGGCGCUUGACAGGAUCCUUGCCCGAACCUUUGUGCGCGAGCUUCUGCGCCACCGCGCCAGACCGCCCGCCGGCCCGCCCAAUGCUGAGCGAACACUGCGACCUCGGAUGGACCUCUGCGAUGACCCCUCGGGCGCCUAUAUCGUCGCCACACUCGAGCUGCCCGGCCUCAAGCAAGAAGACGUCUCGGUGCGGAUAGAGCACGGGCAGCUCGUUGUGCAGGGCGAGCGCCGCUUCCGCUCGCUCGCGCGCACCCCGAGCCGCAGCCUCGCCGCAAGCCCCGCCCCUCAAGAUCCGGUGGCGCCCUCGGGCUCGAGCGCACUCGUCCGCGCGCAAUCCGCGGAGCCUGCCUCCAGCGUGGUCUGUUCGGACGUGCAGCAGGGCAUGCCCUAUGGCUAUACGAUGCAGGAGAUCAAGUACGGCACGUUUCAGCGGACCCUUGCGCUCCCGCAGGGCACGCAGGUCGGACACGUACGCGCGUCGCUGACGGAGGGCAUGCUCACCCUGUCGUGGCCGCGCAACCCGCACUCGGUUCCGAUCGCCGAGCGGACGAGGGAGCACACCGAAACGGGUACGGUCGGGUAGUCGGCUGAGGCUUCGUGUCGCUCGAAACGUUCGGCACUUGCACGGGGCAAACGCAGACUCUUCUUGACUCAAGUACGACAUGAUUUGAAGACACAUACAUGCAACCACCCCGGCUUGGCCUCCGCAGCCGGCACGUCCGCCUGGAUCAUCUCCGACAUCAUGACUCUUUCUUCGUUCAGCAUUCUUCGUCUCUCUCGUGCGCACUGUAUCUCAUGUUUAUCCCCCCUGUAUCGUCCCACCCAUGUCCCUGAUUCUCAUGAUCGUACGCUUUCCUGCUCACUUAUCCGUAUAUAUCGCCCUUCAUCACAUACUCAGCCUCCGUAUCCCCAAAUGUACUCUACUAGCUGGUUGCUCGUAAUUCAGACCGAUCUCGACAUGA